AUGCAUUUGGCUUGUCAAAAAAAUUUGGAAACACCAAAACUCAGUGGUAAUGGCAGAUUAGGAUCUUUUCUGCCAUUACCACUGAGUUUUGGUGUUGCCAAAUUUUUUUGACAAGCCAAAUGCAUCAUCGCAAAAGAACAAUUUUUUUUAUUGCAUUUGGCUUGCCCAAAAAAUUUGGAAACACCAAAACUCAGUGGUAAUGGCAGAUUAGGAUCUUUUGUCAAAAUUUUUUCUGGCAGACCAAGAAUGGCUCCUUAG